UCCACAGCUGAGCGGAGCUGUCGGCGCCGAUACCUCCUUCCGCGGGCCUCCCGACAUGCCGGAGGAGGCGGGCCUCCCGCCCGCCAAGAGAUUCCGGCCGGGCUCCUGCCCUCCCGGGAGGCGAGUAGUAAUGCUGUUGACGGCUGGCAGCGGUGGCGGAGCAGGAGGAGGCCGGAGGCAGACGCCGCCCCUGGCCCAGCCUUCGGCCAGUCCCUACCGCGAGGCCCUGGAGCUGCAGCGCCGGAGUCUGCCCAUCUUCCGGGCGCGGGGGCAGCUAUUGGCACAGCUCCGAAACCUGGACAACGCGGUCCUCAUCGGGGAAACUGGCUCUGGGAAGACAACUCAGAUCCCACAGUACCUCUAUGAAGGGGGAAUUAGCCGGCAGGGCAUCAUUGCUGUGACCCAGCCCCGUCGAGUGGCUGCCAUCUCUCUUGCCACUAGAGUCUCAGAUGAGAAGAGGACUGAACUCGGGAAGCUGGUUGGCUAUACAGUGCGCUUUGAGGAUGUCACCUCAGAAGAUACUAGGAUCAAGUUCCUGACAGAUGGCAUGCUUUUGCGUGAAGCAAUUUCAGAUUCCUUGCUUCGGAAGUAUAGCUGUGUCAUUUUGGACGAGGCCCAUGAGCGGACUAUCCACACAGAUGUGCUCUUUGGAGUAGUGAAGACUGCACAGAAGAGGCGAAAGGAGCUAGGGAAGCUGCCUCUCAAAGUGAUUGUGAUGUCAGCUACCAUGGAUGUUGACCUGUUUUCUCAGUAUUUCAAUGGCGCCCCUGUCCUCUACCUUGAGGGUCGGCAGCAUCCCAUCCAGAUCUUUUAUACCAAACAGCCUCAGCAGGAUUACCUGCAUGCAGCUCUUGUCUCAGUCUUCCAGAUCCACCAGGAAGCCCCCUCCUCUCAGGACAUCCUGGUCUUCCUCACUGGUCAGGAGGAGAUCGAAGCAAUGAGCAAGACCUGCCGAGACAUUGCAAAGCACCUCCCAGACGGCUGCCCUUCCAUGCUCGUCCUUCCUCUGUACGCCUCCUUGCCCUAUUCACAGCAGCUUCGAGUCUUUCAAGGAGCCCCAAAGGGCUAUCGCAAAGUGAUCAUUUCAACCAACAUCGCUGAGACCUCCAUAACCAUUACAGGAAUAAAAUACGUAGUUGACACCGGCAUGGUUAAAGCAAAGAAGUAUAACCCUGACAGUGGUCUUGAGGUACUCGCUGUGCAGCGAGUGUCGAAGACCCAGGCCUGGCAGCGCACAGGCCGGGCUGGACGGGAGGACAGCGGCAUCUGCUACCGGCUCUACACUGAGGACGAGUUUGACAAGUUUGAGAAGAUGGCAGCACCAGAGAUCCAGAGGUGUAACCUGGCAAGUGUGAUGCUUCAGCUCCUGGCAAUGAAAGUCCCAAAUGUGCUCACCUUUGACUUCAUGUCCAGACCAUCUCCAGAUCACAUUGAGGCGGCCAUUGCCCAACUGGACCUGUUAGGUGCUCUUGAACAUAAGGAUGACCAGCUUGCCCUGACUCCAAUCGGAAGAAAGAUGGCAGCAUUUCCUUUAGAACCAAAAUUUGCCAAAACUAUCCUCCUGUCCUCCAAAUUCCACUGUACAGAAGAGAUUCUGACCAUAGUCUCCCUGCUGUCUGUAGACAGUGUCCUCUACAACCCUCCUGCCCGGAGAGAUGAGGUGCAGAGUGUCCGGAAGAAAUUCAUAUCCAGUGAGGGGGAUCAUAUCACCCUGCUCAAUAUCUAUCGGACCUUCAAAAACAUAGGUGGGAAUAAGGACUGGUGCAAAGAGAAUUUUGUCAACAGCAAGAACAUGCUCCUAGUAGCUGAAGUCAGAGCGCAGCUGAGGGACAUCUGCUUAAAGAUGUCAAUGCCAAUCAUGUCAUCUCGAGGGGACAUGGAGAGUGUCCGCCGUUGCCUGGCUCACAGCCUCUUUAUGAGUACUGCUGAACUCCAGCCAGAUGGCACCUAUGCCACCACAGACACACAUCAGCCAGUGGCCAUCCACCCAUCAUCUGUCCUCUUCCACUGCAAGCCUGCCUGCGUGGUAUACACUUCACUGCUCUACACCAACAAAUGCUACAUGCGUGACCUGUGUGUUGUGGAUGCCGAGUGGCUGUACGAGGCUGCCCCUGACUACUUCAGGAGGAAGCUGAGAACGGCCAGAAACUGAGCCAUCCCAGCUGGGCCUGGAGCUUAGAUCACAGCUGUCUUCCAAACAGACUCAGAAGCUUGCAGCCAGACUCUCAACUUCAGGAGCUUAACAGUAUUGAUGAGGCCUCUCAGACUCAACCAUGCAGACAUGGUCGUGCUUAGACCAUGAGAAACUGAGGCUGUGCUUCAGGUUUGACUAUGCAGUUUUGGGUGACUGAAUUAACAUCCGAGCCUCAGUUUCCUCAUAUGCCAGAGAGGGAUAAGACUUACGAGUUCAGAGUAAUGAAGUUUAGAGAAAAUGAACAGAAUAUUACCCAGAGAUUUGCCAGGUACAAGAUAAGACAAUCAGUGACUUGUAAGCCAUUGUGCUUUGUGAUACUAAUUAGGUACAGCACAGUCCCUUGAGUUCUUGUGGCUGGGGGAGGAGUCAUAGGAGAUCCAAUUUGUUGAAAUGUUUCUCCCCCCUUCUUACUCCUUCCCCUGUGGAUCCCAGGGCCUCCUGCAUGCUAUGCAAAACACUUUGCCUCUGAGCCAGUCCCCAGCCCCUACUUCUACUUUAAUCCUACCUGUGUGUCUUUUAAAU